AUGUACGCGGCGCUGCAUCGAGUCACAGCAACGAUUGAAGCUGUUGAUCUUAGCCCGCUACACUUCGAAGCUCAUGUGUCUAGCCCAGCUUCUAUGAGUCGUAGAAUGACUGCGUUGCUUCACUGGGGACCUUCUCCAGUGCUCUUUGCCUCUCCUUUUUACCAGGCUGGGGCUCGAAAUCAGCGAGCAAACGCCACGAAAAUCACUCGCUGGAGUAUACGCUGUCGAAAAUACGCUCGCUCUGAGGGCCUCGGUUUUCUAGCAAUCACGCAACCAAAGACCAGCCUGGUACGAACGGCAUCACACGCGGCUUACAACGCAAAUCUAUGGGCAGCAAGGAGAUCCGGGCGAGUUUCUCCUCGAAUGACGACAGGUUCUUCACCAGUGCUGUCGACUCGUCGUGCGGAACUUGUCUGCUCGCGCUACGUAGUCUUCUCUGAUCUUCAUGUCGAUGCGAAUCGGCUGGAGACGUGCUUGCAAGUUCUUGAGCGAGUUCAUGAAUUGGCCACUGCCAGAGAUGCGGGCAUCAUAUUUCUUGGCGAUUUCUGGCAUCUACGAGGAAGCAUCCCAGUCAUAUGCCUCAAUCGGGUCCUGGAGACGGUUCAGCAAUUCACUGUACCAUGCCUGAUGCUUCCAGGUAAUCACGACCAGGUAAGCAUCUGCGGACGGGAACACGCGCUGGUCCCAGUGGCGGCAGCGAUGCAGCCUGGUCUCGCGCUCGUGUUUGACGAACCUGUAGUGAUGUUUGAUGCGCUCUGGCUGCCGUAUCGCAAGCGUCCGCUGCAACUAGUGGAAGCGCUGCGAGAACACGGACCCCAUGUGAAAGCUGUCUUCUGUCAUGCGGAGAUUCAGGGCGCGUGGCUCAAUAACCAGAUGCGCUAUGGAGGGCCCGGUGGUAUCGCACCGGAGCUCUUCCCGCCUUCGCCAGUACCAACCUAUGCGGGUCACUUUCAUCGGCCCCAUACGGUGACGGGCUAUCCGCAUAUCCAGUAUGUAGGCUCGCCCUAUCAGGUCACGCGAGCUGAGGAAGGACAAGAGAAACAUCUCCUUGUCGUGCGAUCAACGGACUGGCUCACAGAGGAAAUCGUGCCGCUAGCCAUUGGACCUCGUUUCUUUCGCGUUUCAUUGAAACAGGCUCGGCAACAACUAAGCGCUAGCAUCCCUGCAUCGGCGGCAGAAGCAACAACAUCAGCGACAACGGGCUUUCGACCCGGUGAUCGUGUUACGCUGCUCUGCACCGCAUCCGAGCUGCAGCAACAGCGCACCGCCGGUGCCAAAGACAUGGACCACGAUUUGGAGUAUGUCUAUAACGAACUACGUCGCAGAGGCAUUCACGCAAGUAUGCGCCUAUGGGAUGCACCAGCAGAAAAUGAGAAAGUUUCAUCGAGCAGCGCGCAACGCACCUUUGUUGAACCUCAGUUGCGAAUGCCGAAUGCGGAGCGCCUCGACGCUGCCGAUGUGCUGCGCCUGUUUGCGCGCCAGCACCCGCAGCAGUUGGACGGAACGACGCUGGCGCUCGGACUUUCGAUUUUAGAACAAAUUCAAAAAUCGAACGCAAAAAUUGCUCGCGGGGAAUCUUUUUCGCGCUUGCGUGCUGUGCAUGUCCUCUUCGAUUCUGUGCGACUCCAUAAUUUCGGCUGUUUCCAUACUGAACCGGAUAGCAACCAAGUAGAUCAGCUGUCAAUGGACGUAGCAGGGAGCACAAGGCAUCAGAUGAGCGUCACGAGUGCUUCGGAAGAAUCGCACCAGGACCUCGAAUCCAACGGUGGUGUCGUGAAGCGCGGGCGAGUGGCGGCGGCUACUGCUACGGCGGAUGGAGCAUGGCGUACGAUCCCCGCGAAACCUGGUAUCUGGUAUCCGCUGCGCAAUCGAGGGAUCGUCCAAGUAUCUGGACGCAAUCUCGAUGAAGACGGUUGCAAUUCGAAUGGUACGGGAAAAACGACUUUGGCGAUGGCAGCGCUAUGGGCUCUAACAGGGAGCCUGGAACCGCGGCCUCAUCUGCGACGUAACGUGUCGCAGUUGCGGAUUCUGCACGAGGACGCUACGGAAGGUUUUGUUGAAUUGCGAGCUAGCGUGAAUGGAAAACCGCUUUUGGUGCGGAGGAAAGUUCGCCGCAGUGGGAAACAGCGGGAAAGAUAUAACCAGGAGCUUUUCGUGGAGUACGACUCCCGGGAUCUCACACGCCUCAGCAUCGAGGAAACACAACAGCGACUGAAUGAGAUCAUUGAUCUCUCACUGUUGCCACAUGUAGUCUUUUUUGGCCAGAAUUAUCUGCAUGGCUUGCUCUCCACAACCGACAAGGAGUUUAAGGAGAUUCUGGAGAGCGCCUUGCCGCUGCAAGUCUGGAACGAGGCCUAUGCGCAUGUCACUGCACGACAGCGAGCACUGCGUGAAGAACGCCAGCAACUUGCUCAAAAAAUCCAGAGCUGUUCACAGGCGUUAGAGCGCGAGCGGGAACGAAUCGAAGAGCUCGCUCGAACAGAGCGAGAAACAAGACUGCAACUCGAUCUUCAAGAGCAGGAACUGAAGCAGAGUCUCGAGCAGUGGCAGCAAGGCGCAGCGGAAGCAUCGGCCUCGGAUACUAUCGACAGCGGCAGCGACAACACGUCUCUCGAGGCGCUCCGCGAACGCAUUCGUCACCUGAAAGCGAGCAUCGAUGCCGACGUGACCACUCUGGCGGAGCUGCAACGCAAGGAGGCGAAACUUCAUGCGGAGCUUGCCCAGGCGCAGAGACUCUGGGAUCAGUGGGCUGCGCUCCAUGCGCAGCUCCAAGGCGAUGCGGGAAUAACCGUGUGCCAGGGCAGCCUCGAGCAACGCCGCACGGCUCUGCACGAACAAGUGAAAGACCUCAAACGAGUGUUGCAAGAGCUUCAGCUCCAGGAGCAGAGCACAGUUGCCAGCAUACGCCACUUGGACCGGAUGCUGCAUUCGGAGCAACCUCCGGUGGCAUCCAGCGCAGCAGAUUGCGAUGGAGCAGCAAAGCCGCAGCAAACACAUUCGAAGACUUUCUGCGCCCUGUGUCUCCAACCAGUAGAUGCUGCGUCGUAUGCUGAUCGUUUACAGGCCCUACAGACGGACCGCCAGCGUCUGGCAAGUGCGCUGGAUGACCUCCGCGCACAGCGGCACGACAAGGACGCGGAAAUCCAGAUCAUGGAGCGCGAACUCAGAGACACAGAAGCGGCAUUCAUGGAGCGGCAUGCAUUGGAGCAACGCCUCGAUGCAGUGGUGGCGUUGCGCCCCACACCCGAGCAUUUGCAUGAGCUUUCGCAAGCGAGCGAUCGUUGCAGCAUGGAGGCCGCACUUGUUAUGCGCACGCUCGAUACGAAUCGCCAGCUUCUAGCCGAAUAUGAACAGCAUCUGCUGCAGCAGCAAGAGCUGCGUUUGCACCAGGAACAACAGCGCGCGCGUUACGACCGAGCCCUUCGAGCGUUGGACUGGACUCAACAGCAGCGACAGCGUCUACUCCAACCGAUAGCUGCUGCGAUCCUAGAGGCAACUGCGCACGUCGCGUCGCUACAGUCCACGUUAAACGAAGCGGUAGCGCAUGAACGCACGCUUGUGGAUACUGCGGAUCGUCUGGAAUUCCUUGCGCGCGCAUUUCAUCGCGGUGGCAUACCGAGCCAGUUACUGGAUCAGAGCCUGCAAGUCAUCGAGACGCUUUGUGGUCAUUACCUACGACAUCUGAGCGAUGAUACGCUUUUACUGCGAAUACGUCGUCGCCGACAAGCGCAGCGUCCUCGGGAGCGGGAGCUUACCAAGGCUACCACGCGCGCAGAGAACGCACUCGAAGUACUUGUCUGGCAAGUCUACUGUCGAGACGCGCGCACAGGCACGUUCCGGGAACGAGAACUAGGCCUGCUCAGCGGCGGUCAGUUGCGACGAGUCAGUAUUGCACUUUCCUUGGCCUUUGCCGAGUACAUCUGUCAUCAGCUGGGAUAUCGUAGUAAUCUGCUGGUCUUGGACGAGGCUCUUCAACAGCUUGAUCAAGAGGGUGCCCGUCGCUUAGCGUCACUACUGCCGCAGCUGCAACGUGAGACGGUGCUGGUUAUUGCCCACGAGAAUGCCAGCUUUCUCGUGGACAUCGCGGAUGCGCAUGAUGUUGUGGAGCGUGCAUCAGGGCGCAGCACGGUGCACUGUGAUACCGGGUUUUUAGAGACAGAGCUCGCAGGCGACUCGUUUUCAGGGCGUUCAGAGCUCGUCCCGCAAGCGCAGGUCCGACGCUGA